AGAGAGAGAAUGUUUGUAAGUGGCGCGCACGAGCACAUUCUAGCGUACUGGCAGCUCACCCUCCACAUUGCUGUGUUGGCUACUAACUCAAACUCCGCUUACAAGACAAGACACCAUUAACUUCACGUUGUGAAAUUCAGCAGGACUGCGCGUUCCUAAACAUGAGGAACAAACGGAACGUCUGACAGAGACCGUGAGCAGCAAGGAGAAGAGAGGCGAUCAUAUCUCCACUCUGCGGAUGAUUUAUUUCCACUGUGCAUUACUUUCCUCCAUUGCAGAUGUGACGAGUGGAAUGAGCUGUUUUUACACAUUGGUCGUUUCACUACAGCAUGGGAACUGCCGUAUCCAAGAAGAAGAAUUUAAGAAAUGAUGCGAUUUCUUCUGUUGCCGCAAAAGUUAGAGCAGCUCGAGCAUUUGGAGAGUAUCUUUCUCACACACACCCUGAGAACCGCAACGGAGCAGAUCAUUUGUUGUCUGACACCUUCAUUGGUCAAGAUACAGACUCCCCUGACAUCAACCGACUGAACAACAAUAACAGCCUCCAGCCAUAUUCCCAACACACUCUCACAGUCAAGCCCAGUCAAGAAGAGGCUAAGCCAGACAGCCUGUCUGCGCCCCUUCAAACCAGUUCCAAGCGUCGUCUCUCCGUAGAACGCAGCCUUUCUUCUGAGGACCAGCAGAAUCAAAAGCGUGCGGAAAGCUCUUUGAAGCCAGCACGUGUCUACACCAUUACCAGGGAGCGAGAUAUGCUCAGGGGCCAGGGAAGCGAGGAGAGUUUGGAACUAGAGGUGCUGAAGAGGACCACAGACCCAUCAAGAACCAAUGCUCCCUCCAAUUUACAUAGCAGCCAUCAUCGAGGAAGCCACCAUCGUGGAAACAACGGCCCCAGCCACCAGCCUCACUAUGGCCAUGCACCUCUGACCCAACCUUUGCAGAGCUCAGGUAGUGCCCAUAACAUCCGGGACUGGGGGUCGAGACGGAGCAGGUCUAGAGAGGACUGCACGCCAGAUUGUGUCGCCUGUAUUCGCCCACAUUGCCAAAGCCAGCGCUCUCUGGACCUUGAGACGUCACCUCACGGUGGUGGCAAACAGCACAAGAAGCUGGAGAGAAUGUACAGUGAGGACCGUGUGUCCUCUGAAGAUCGAGAGGAUCACGCGAACAGCUGGUUCCCUAAAGAGAACAUGUUUAGCUUUCAGACUGCGACCACCACCAUGCAAGCAAUAUCGGCGUUCCGUGGAAUUGCAGAGAGAAAAAGGAGGAAAAGAGAGCAAGAGGCCACCGCACUGAUGGAGAGAAACUUCCGGAAACAUUUGAGGAUGGUGGGCAGCAGGAAGGUGAAGACCCAGACAUUUGCUGAUCGCAAAGCGAAGAGUUUCAGCCGCUCCUGGAGUGACCCUACACCCGUCAAGCCUGACUCUCUCCAUGACUCCAGAGACAGUGGAGACCUCCAGGCGUCGUCUGGCAAUCUGGAUGAAGAAAACUGUGAUGAUGUCGACUGGGAGGAAGAGAGAGAGUCAGAAAGAGCAGCCUGCGAGGGUGAUGACUUCAUCCCACCCAAAAUUAUGCUAAUUUCAUCAAAAGUACCAAAGGCCGAGUACGUUCCUGACAUAAUCCGCCGGGACGACCCCUCCAUAAUCCCCAUUCUCUAUGAUCAUGAACAUGCCACCUUCGAUGAUAUACUAGAGGAGAUUGAAAAGAAACUCACCGCCUACAGAAAAGGCUGCAAAAUCUGGAACAUGCUCAUCUUCUGUCAGGGAGGUCCAGGUCAUCUCUACCUACUGAAGAACAAAGUGGCCACAUUUGCUAAAGUAGAGAAGGAGGAGGACAUGAUACAGUUCUGGAAGAGACUUGGCAGAUUCAUGAGUUUAUUAAAUCCUGAGCCCAACCUCAUCCACAUUAUGGGCUGCUAUGUGCUCGGCAAUGCUAAUGGAGAAAAGCUUUUUCAAAACCUCAAGAGAUUGAUGAAACCUCAUGCCCUUGAGUUUAAGUCUCCUCUGGAGCUGUCAGCUCAGGGUAAGGAGAUGAUCGAAAUGUACUUCGACUUCCGCCUCUACCGCUUGUGGAAGAGCCGCCAGCACUCCAAACUUCUCGACUAUGAUGACCUUCUGUGACAUUUUGUCGUUGGUUUAAACAGCCCAAGAGGCAGGUAGCUUACUUUAGAGCCCAUGCGGCAACGUUCCCUCCCGAGAGAGAGAGCCUGGCUGGAAAAGCCCUGAGAUGGAGGAGGAAGAUGAGGUUCAGGAUGAGGAUGGAUGACAUUGAGAUAAUGUUUGAAUCAUCUGCCCUCAGAUGAAACACUAGGGGAAGCAGCCAUUACUGUUACUGUAGGUGCUGUGUGUUCAACCCAUCUAUUCGAGCUUUCAGCCUGACAGGAAAACAUUCGCGAGAUAUCAGCAGGUCCUAUCUUUUAGCCUGUUUGAGGUCUAGAAAAUAAUGUUCAAUUUCUUUGAGAAUUGAGAAAGCUGUGAUAACACUGAAAAAUAAGAACAGAUCUGUUUUUUUAAAUAUUUUUGAGUAGCUGUUUUUGUGGUGAACUAACAGGGACAAUGAAAUAAGGCCAUUUACUAAACAGUACUCGAGGUUCUAAUGUUAUUCACUACAGGUGCAGGUGAAACUGUGGAACUACAUUACUGUUGUAUGUACAUAUAUUCACUCUAACUUAAAAUAACUACUGUACUUUAUGUUUUGGCAUAAUAUUGCACUUUUUAGUUGUUAAACUAUGGUGUUUUGGGGGUUUUUUUUCACGAGAGGGAAUAUUACUCAGGUUUCACUCUGUACUGUACCUUCUUUAGAGAGAGAGAUGAGACAAAAGAGAAACUUUUUUUUAAUUCACUAGGAAGUUGUUCAGUCCACAGGAUUGAGCUACAUGAAUGGGGUUGAAAUAACACUUGAAAUCUGUAUCAGGGGCUUUGUGUGUGUUGAGACAUUUUAGAUUUCUAUAGACUUAAAAUUCCACACUGUAUGUGUGACAUUAAGGCAUGUGUAGAAGAAGCUCAUUUAGAUUGGCAGAUUUUGUCCUUUAGCUUCAAAGUUUUUCAAAAUUUUCUAGCAUCUUAAGAAAACUUUAAAUAAGAUUUUAAAAUGUAUUGAGUUUGAACCUAUAGACAACAUUAGACAAUUAGCGAGUUUACGCUUGAAUCGUGUCUCUUUGUUUGACAUAAUCAUCUGUAUGUAUUUGAUGUGAUGUCACACUCUGUGUUGUGGUGUUUUUUUCUUUGUAGGUGAACGCUUAUUUCUGAUAAGUCAGUGCAGUUGUAUCUGCAGUAUUUCUCUUUAAUAGUAAGUGGUUUUGACUGUAAUUUUUUCAUAGUAUACAGGAUAGUACAUUUAGCCUUUAAAGUGGUCCUCUGUGGAGAAACAUGGUCUCUAAUCGCCGUAGUUGGUGUGUGGGUGUGUUUUGGAUGCACCGAACAGAUAAUUCGGUAGAUAGUUGUAAUCUUCAAUCAUCACGAGUGGAUGUUCAAGUGCAAAACAUCAGCAGCUGGUGCAGCAUGUCAUAGAAAGCUGCCAGAUAGAAAAAGUGUAAUGUGGUUACUGGUGUAAUAAUGUGAAGAUGGGAAUGCAUUGCAAUAUCCAAUGGAAGCCAGCAGAAAAAGCAUUCCUAGAAUCGCUAUAUUUAGAGCAUAAAGCCAUGGAGAGUAUAUUGUGCUGAAUUACGCGUUUAUCUAUGUCUGUGUUUGUGAGUGAGUUUUAGCUUUAAAGCACUGAGAUGUCAACGAUGCGUAUCUGUUUUCCUUGUUGAUCUAUCACAUCUCUUUUCAUCACUUGUGUAGAUGCCCUGAAAAUCAAAUAAAGCACAAAAUCUGUGUUUCUGCAGGGCCAUCGGGAAAACGGAUUGUGUUCAGAUUAGAUCCAAUCAAAACAGCCCGACCGCUUCUUUAAAUACGUUUAGAUGAAUGCAUGUCUUGCUCAUUUAAACUCAAUAUGUAAUCCUCCCUGCACUGUUUCGACCAAAGUCAUUGUAUGCUAUAUCAUGAUAGAGUGUAAAAUAGAAAGUUAUGAAUAUGAAUCAUGGAGCCAUUUGGAUUUGCUAAAAGGUCUAUGGCAAGUCAGGUGUGAAACGUGAAUACUUACUCUUGCAAUAAGUGUUUGCCAUGUAUAUGGCCUUGUGUUGAUCAGAAAGCUCAUUUAGUUAUGUCAUGUUGGGUGGGAUUUAGGAAAUGAAAGGAGAGUUUGGUGGAAGAACAUUUUGUCAAGAACGAGUGUCUCAUUACAAAUAAAUCCACAGUUGUGCAUCCCCCCCACCCCCAAUCUAUUUUCUGUAGCAAUAGACAUUGUAAAAUGAGCUGUAUUGUUUCUAGGACAGACUGUGCUGCUUCUAGGACACUGUUGUCUAAAUAUAUUUUGGAUGCUAUUUAUGUUUCUAACGGCAUCCUUUUAAUUUUUACCACAGCCACUGGUUUUGGAACAUAAUGGAGAAUGACAAAUGUGGUGGGCAAUAAUAUUUGAAGGCUUCAGGCAGUUUUUCUCUAACUGUACAAAUUAUUCAUGAUUCCCACAUAUAAAGCAAUUAAAGAAAUGGUGAUGCUAAAUCGAACAUUAAAUACUGUAAUUGGUAAACAUUAAACUCGAUGAGGCACUGAUACAUUAUGUUUUAAGAAAACACCAUAUUGUUGUUAGUUCCCUUUGGACUUUGUGGAGCAAAGCCUGGUAUGUUGAUAUUUAAAUAGAAUUAGUUUAAAUGGUUCUGGUGUGGAUUUGAUGUGCCCCGCUUGGAGAAGAGAAAAGGUCUCCAGGACCCUGUUUUUGGGGCAGUCUUGCAUAAUGUCUCUUAUUUUCUGCAAGGCCUUACUGGUAAUACUAAUCACUUUAAAGCAUUGUCAGUAGCAAUGAUACUUUUAAUAUAGCCUUUAUUACAAUAUCUAAAAGUAUUUGAGGAGUGCUGGAAGUAAACAUGUAUGGUUUUCUUAGUCUGCCAAAUACAGUAUAUUAUAGUGUUUAGUUCUGAUAAAUGGUCAAUAUGUCUUAAGCAAAUUAGCUCAUCUUGUCAUUUUGCUACUUUAAAUGACCGAGUUUAAGCUCAUAGUUUCUAUCUCUUUAGCUCAGUGUUCACAGUAUUUAACAUGAGACGUUUUAUUCAGGAAAGUAGUUUGCUCUAAAACUGUUUGUUUUGCCUCGUACAACCUCUUCACAGCAGUGAACACUGGAAAUGUUUCUUAAUCUGUUUUACAGUAAAAUGUGUCCAGUUUUAAGUGGAA